AAACUGGCUUAAUUGUGUUUAAAAGCGGAUUUUAUACCUGGAAAAUUGGCUUAUCGUCUUCUCAAGUAAAUGAUUAGCUAAUGCUGAAUGUAUAUUUUUCCGGAUUUAAUGAAAGCAGUUUUACUCAUCGUCAUCGAAACAUAUCUUCCGGUCCGGAACCCUUGGAUAAACGAAUGAUUGAAUUGGCCUGAAUUGUCACAUCCUACCAACAAGAUGUCAAAGCGGCCGUCUUACGCCCCGCCCCCUGCUCCGGCCCCCACUACACAAAUGCCCACCACCCCUGGGUUUGUGGGGUACAACCCAUACAGCCAUCUGGCCUACAACAACUACAGGCUGGGAGGAAACCCCGGCGGAAACAACAGGAAUUCCUCUGGGAUUACAGUUCCCAAGCCGCCCAAACCCCCCGAUAAGCCUCUGAUGCCCUACAUGCGGUACAGCCGGAAGGUAAGCAGGAAGGUUUGGGAUCAGGUGAAAGCUUCCAACCCCGAUUUGAAGUUAUGGGAGAUUGGGAAGAUCAUCGGGGGAAUGUGGAGGGACCUGACAGAUGAGGAAAAGCAGGAUUACUUGAAUGAGUAUGAAGCUGAAAAGAUCGAAUAUAACGACUCCCUGAAGGCCUACCACAAUUCCCCGGCGUACCUAGCAUACGUGAAUGCUAAGAACCGUGCCGAAGCGGCUCUAGAAGAGGAGAGCAGGCAGAGGCAGUCUCGUCUGGAUAAAGGAGAGCCUUACAUGAGCAUCCAGCCAGCUGAAGAUCCUGAUGAUUACGACGACGGCUUCUCUAUAAAGCACACAGCAGCAGCUCGAUUCCACAGGAACCACCGUCUGAUCAGCGAUAUCCUGAGCGAGGUGGUGGUGCCCGACGUGCGCUCGGUGGUCACCACGGCACGCAUGCAAGUGCUCAAACGCCAGGUCCAGUCCCUCAUGGUGCAUCAGAGGAAAUUGGAGGCAGAACUGCUGCAGAUUGAAGACAGACACCAGGAGAAGAAAAGGCGUUUCCUCGAGUCCACCGAUUCUUUUAACAAUGAGCUCAAACGGCUGUGCAAUCUAAAAGUGGAGGUGGACAUGGAGAAGCUGGCAGCGGAGAUGGCGGCGGCCGAAGAAGCCGCGAGACGAAGGGCAGAGGAGAGGGAACGGGAGCGAGAGAAGGAGAAGGAGCGUGAGAAAGAGCGCGAGACGGAGGCAGAGAAGACAGAGAGAGCACCGGAGGAGGAGCAGCAGGGAGUGAGCGGACCAAACAGCAGCGAGCAGAACACCAGCACCGACAGCAAGGAGCAGGACAAACCCAGUCCAAUGGAGAUAGACGAGGCUCGUGCUGAUGCGUCUGAGGGCCAGCAGGAGUGUGAGGAGGGUGCAGUGGAGAAGCCAGAGCAAGCCGAGAGUGGGUUAGAGGAAGGGGCGAGUGACAGCAAUCCUCCACUAGAGAGAGAGAACAGCACAGAGUCUGUACCCUCUGACACCGCACCUGAAGAGAGAGCCCCUGCCGCCCCACAGUAACUGAGCAAAACCCACACCCCUGCGCGUGUUCCACCUCUGAACCAUGACGUACCGAGAAAUCAAAGGCUUUUGGAGGACACGCCUUUUUUUGUUUUUAAAAGUCUCAUUCAAUAUCUCCACCCAAUUACUAAUUUUUUUAGAGGGGGGGGUGGGGGUGGGGGUUCGAAAAUACCAUGCUAAGGUGUGCAGACACGCUUUCUCAUGUUUCCACAUUACGCCUACAGAACGUUAAUUAUGUAUGACCUUUAGCGCCGCAAGUUAAAAGGUAAUAUAUAAUUCAAAAGGAACGAGUGACCCAAGCGGAACAGUACCUUGGCUUUAUUUUUAGAGCUUCACCUCGUUUUUUUUUUUUUUUUUUUAACCAGUGCCAGGCUUUGUGAAGUCAAGAAAACAGAAAGCUCUUUUCAAGCUCAAUCUGAAAACUUAAUUAGCUGUAGACCGUGUUUAGGUAGCCUCAUGUCCCUCUUUUUUUUUUUUCUCUCUCUCUCUCUCUCUCUCUAAUAUCAUUACACGUUGCUGAAUAUGGAUCAUGGCAAGAUAUGGUUAUAAAUUGCAGGUUAAAUGGUCACCUCUCUUGGUUGUUCUUAUCCAUCUUCUCAUUAUACACAGCCGUUUUGUACCGUUAUGUUGUAUUACCCAAUAAAGUGAUUUAUAUGUCUUAA